UGACUCAUCAUCAAAGUGGGCGUGCUCGCAGGUAAAGCAUGGCGUAGGCGGAAAGGGCUUUGUUGUCUAAUGUUUCAAAUCGUUCAAUGGACAUUGGAUUUUAUGAGAUUAGUGGCACUUAUACUUCCGUGUCCCUCCAACCGUUACUUCCGUAUUAGACUUGCUGGACGAUAGUUGUAUCUACUGUCUGUAUUUACAUGUUGGCGACAUGCGGGCCAUUCCGGAUGAGUUAACGACGCUUAUCUCAGAUAUAGAAGCGUUCCUCUCUGAUGGUCUCAAAGGGGAAAAUUUGAGCAAGAAGGCUAAAGAGAAAAAAGAAUCCAUCAUCAAACGAAUUAAAGAUGUCAAAACUGGUUACCCUCAAGAUUUUAAAGAGAAAAAUGGCGAGGAUUCUGGUGAGGAGGAAGAAAUGGAAAGCAACAAUGAUGGGGUAUCACUGCAGUCAGAGCGCACAGACAGAGAUGAGGACACCUCUGAAUGCACCCACCAGUCACCUCCUGUGGCAGCCCAGGACCUGCAGUUUGUCUUCAAAGCAGGGAACCUUGAGAAACGUCGGAAGGAUCACAGCUUCUUUGGUACAGAGUGGCAGAAGAGAUGGUGUGCUCUGAGCCAGCAUACCUUCUACUACUAUGGCAGUGAUAAAGACAAGCAGCAGAAGGGUGAUUUUGGAAUUGAAGGCUACAAUGUCAAAAUGAAUAACACUCUCCGCAAAGACUCGAAGAAGGAUUGCUGCUUUGAGAUUUCGGCCCCUGACAAGCGGGUAUAUCAGUUUUGCGCGUCAUCCCAGAAGGAGGCUGAGGAGUGGGUGGAACAGAUAGACUUUGUGCUGAAAGACAUGACAGGGAUCAUCCCCCUGGAUGAUGACGACCAGCCGACAUACGAUGACAUCGAUCACCCAGUCCCCCUCUCCCCUGAGCCCGUUGAUAAUGAUGACGACGACAUCUACGAGGAGCUCCCAGAGGAGGAUGUUGUCAUUCCUCCGAAGCCCAAGGUGGCGCCCCCGAGCAAGGCCAGCCCUCCUCCUCCGACAGUGAACAAGAGCACAGACUAUCCCAACUACUACCAGGGAAUGUGGGACUGUCAUGGAGACCACCCGGAUGAGCUGACUUUCAAACGGGGCGAUGCCAUCUACAUCCUGAGCAAGGAGUACCAGAACUUUGGCUGGUGGGUGGGGGAGAUGAAGGGCUCUGUCGGCAUCGUGCCCAAAGACUACCUCAUGGAGCUGUACGCCAUGUAGCCGCACCCUGGGUACGCUGCAUGGCUGAAGAGCUGAGUCGUCUGCCCUGCUAUCCAUGCCACUGCUAAUGCGCAGUUCACCAUUAGGCUUCUUUUCAUAUAAGUGGUGCGUGUGUGGCCCGUGGCACCCCCCCCCCCCACCCCACCCCUGCAGAUUAGCGGACGAUGAAAAGUACUUGGUCUGAGCAGCCGUCUGAACAUAUAGAAUUUCCUCGAGUUGUACGAUACUUUUAUUGCUCUGACACAGCAACGUAUCAUCAUUUGUUCAUUCGUGACCAUUGAACUUAGUGUUUAAAAUACAGUGGAUUGGUAUUGAGUUGUGCUUUAGUUAGCUAUGCUACCUAUUUAAUUUCUAUUUUCUAUGCUAUGAAUGUUUUAGUGGGUUUGUGACAUGUGCUUCGUCUGAGAAUUCCGAAAAACCUUGAGACAGCAAGCAAAUGAAUUAAAGAUGUCAAAA